AGAGAGAGAGAGAGAGAGAGAGAGAGCCGCAGGCAGCCCUGUAUGGAAAAUGGAGACGCUACGCCAGCACUGGACGAGCUAAAGAUCAAUAAGGCCUAGCUAAUACUCAUGUGAUUUGUAAGUCCAGACACACCGGUAUUAAUAGCACCCAGGUUGAAUCGCAGAUGGACACCGGCCAAGGCAAACAUGGAAAUCUUUGGGAAUUCGGAGCGCUUCACGGUUUUUCCACCUCUGGAACUGGGAAGUGACAACACGUCUCCGAUACUUUAAAUGCAACUUUUUCAUCUGGCUUAUGAUCACCGGCUUUCAGAGAACAUGAUUACAUGGACUCGUAGUUUUAGGUCGCAAGAAAUGAGCGCAAACUGAUCGGAGACAAAGCGAUUAAGUUAACGUUAGUCAGCUUUCGUUGUGUAUUUGAGUUGUUCUUGAUUUUAAUCUUAAAAUUGUGGAUUUUAGAAGUCUUAAUAGAUAUGGGAUUUUUUUAUACAUAAUUUAUAAAGUAGUUUAAAAAAUAUAUCUUUAUUUUUUUUUAUUUUUUUUACUACGAGACAACUUUAACUGUAAAAAUGAGAUCUCUGGCCCCGGGAAUCAAACUCAUUACUUCUUUCUCUAGAGACAGCUGGUACCGGUUCUUCAUCCUCCUACUUACGUUUGUCUUCUACACCACCUACCACCUCUCUCGAAAGCCUAUCAGUAUUGUCAAGAGUCAGCUGCACAGAAACUGCUCUAAUGUUGUUCAUCCAGCAGACCUCAACAUCACUGACAAUGACACCUGGUGUGAUUGGGCUCCUUUUGGCCAGAACAAUUACCAGAACCUGUUUGGAGUCUUGGACAACUGCUUUCUUGUUGCAUAUGCUAUCGGCAUGUUCUUUAGUGGGAUAUUCGGAGAGCGAUUGCCGUUGCGUUACUACCUGAGCUCAGGGAUGAUUCUCAGUGGCAUUUUCACUGCUCUGUUCGGCCUGGGCUUUUACUGGCAAAUCCACUCUUUGUGGUAUUACUGCUUAGUUCAGGCCUUGAAUGGGCUGGUGCAGACUACAGGCUGGCCGGCAGUGGUAGCGUGUGUCGGGAACUGGUUUGGGAAGGGAAAGCGUGGGUUUAUCAUGGGCAUCUGGAAUUCUCACACCUCAGUAGGAAACAUCCUGGGCUCCCUCAUCGCUGGGGCCUAUGUGUCGUCCGCGUGGGGCCUGUCAUUCAUUGUGCCUGGGAUCAUCAUCGCUGCCGCUGGAGUCAUCUGCUUUUUGUUCUUGGUUGAAAAACCUGAAGAUGUGAACUGUACUCAACCACAACACCAUGAGAGUGUGGAGCAGGAGCCUCUGCUGAGGAACUCGUCCAGUAAUGAGGAGAUCUUCAGCACCAACACCUCCACCUCCACAGCCGUGGAGACGGUGGAGGACCACACAGAAGCCAUCAGCUUCUGCGGAGCACUCAGGAUUCCUGGUGUGAUAGAGUUCUCCUUGUGUUUGCUUUUUGCCAAGCUGGUCAGCUACACCUUCCUAUACUGGCUUCCUUUAUACAUCGCUAAUGUUGCUCAUUUUGAUCCUAAAAAAGCUGGUGACCUGUCUACGCUGUUUGAUGUUGGAGGAAUUGUGGGUGGCAUCCUGGCUGGACUGAUAUCUGACUACAGUGGGGGAAGAGCCACUACUUGCUGUGCCAUGUUGAUCAUUGCUGCUCCAAUGCUGUUCCUGUUCAAUAAGAUCGGGCAGAACGGCUUGCCAACCACCAUAGGCAUGUUGCUGUGGUGUGGUGCUCUCGUGAAUGGACCCUAUGCCCUCAUCACCACUGCUGUAUCAGCUGACUUAGGAACCCAUGAGUGCUUGAGAGGGAACUCCAGAGCACUGUCCACUGUGACCGCCAUUAUUGACGGCACUGGAUCAAUAGGUGCCGCUGUUGGACCUCUGUUGGCUGGUCUGAUCUCUCCCACCGGCUGGAAUAAUGUUUUCUAUAUGCUCAUUACUGCUGAUGUGCUGGCCUGUCUGCUGUUGUCCAGGCUCGUGUAUAAGGAGGUCAGAGGAUGGUGUGGACACACUACAAGGCUGAGAGGGUUCAAAGAGAUCUAAGCCGGCCGUGGAACAAGAGAAUAUAUCACACCUGCGACAGAAAAUUACCUGCAGCAUAACGACAAAAAGGGACCAUGGAUUGAUGCAACACACCAAGCCUUUUUAUGCCCAAGGGUUAUUUUAUAUGAAAAUUGUAACAUGAGACUUUCAUCCUUUUAAACUGACAAUGGAACAAAGCUCAGCUGCUGCAGUAAAGGAGAAGGGGAGUUACAAACACCCUUAUCCACACGUGGCCUGAGAGGGACGAAAACAACAGGAUCACUAAGCUUCUUCAUUUUAAUACCGAAUGUUUUUAGUGACUGCUCAACACAAAUGUACCUUUUUUCUAGCAUUAAAAUAUGCCAUUGGUGCUUUGUCCUUUUA